CAUAUUGACAACUGCAUUGCGGGUUGCCAAGGCAACUUUAAAGUUACAAACAAAACAAAAAACUACACAAAAUGUUUGAGAAAAGCAGCGAGAACAGUUUGAGUGCAAUGGGAAGCAUUCAAGAGAUCGCCGGACGUUUGGCAGAGGAACAACAACGUCUACGUCAAUUGGAGGCCACAACGUCGCCCAAGGAGCGCACAUUGUUUGUGCUGGGAAGCAAGUGUGUGGGCAAAUCCAUGGCCAUCAACAAGUUCUUUGAUCGGGAUGAACAGACAACGCGUCCAACGUUGGCUUUGGAAUACAGUUAUGGUCGUCGCAUGGGCAGCGGCAGGACAUCUCAUGUGUUGAACGUCUGGGAACUGGGAUCCUUGGACAAUGCCGAUCAAUUGCUGGAAGUGCCAAUGCGUACACACGGCCUACAACAGUUGUCCGCGUUUAUCAUGGUCGAUCUGUCUCAACCGGAGAGAGUUUGGUCAGAUUUGGAGUGCGCAUAUAAAGGAUUAAGGGAUACAGCUCAACGAAUGUUGCAACAGGCAACUCCCCAGCUUCGUGAGGAUCUGGAACGACGCUCCUUGGAACGUGUGAGGCAUGUGAAUCAGGAUAAAAGCACAUUGGAAUUGCUGCCAUUUCCGGUUGUGAUUGUUGGCGGCAAAUACGACAUCUUCAUGGACUUUGAGCCGGCUCUUAAGAAGCACAUCUGUCGCUGCCUUCGCUCCAUGGCGCAUCUAGUGGGAGGUGCUGUAUUAUUCUAUUCACAGAAGCUACCCAAGCUGGCCAAGGUGCUGAGGGAUACGAUCAGUCAUCUGGGAUUUGGCAGUCCCACAAAUCCCUUUAGAGCCCAUGUCACGGAUUACAAUGAAGCGCUUUCCAUUUGGUUUGGCACUGAUAGCUGGUCACAGAUCGGAAUCGGUGAAGCCAGCUUCCUUAAUGUGGAACGCAUUGGAGCAACGUUGAGUGUAGAAGUGCCACAAUUACAGCUGGAAAAACAAAAACAUCAAGUGCCUCUUGAUCCGGCCAAAGAUUCUGGCUUCAAAGAAUCUCUAAUUGAUGAGAUGCGUUCACAGAAGGAUGAAGAGCUUGCUGGGAUUAUGCGGGAUGUCCUGUUACGCGGAAAAUUCGAAGCUGUGCAGGGAUAGAGAACAAAGCAAUUCCAUCAAAAAUUAUAUACAGUUAGUCAAGAAACU